UAAAAUUUAUAUAUUAUCACGCUUUAUUCUAAUUAAGAGAUAUAAAGUAUUCAUUCUGAUUACGAGGGAUGAUUUCCGUAUCGUCAUUUUUUCACUACCUUCACAUUCUGUGAUUGAGUAAGUUACGCGCCUGCUGCUUUCCUUGGAUGUUGUAGCCGUUUCUCUGACUCCCUCUCCAGAAUUGAACUCUGAUUUCCCAUUACCCUUAACCUCCAAGUUAUUGAUAGUAACUACUAUCAUAACAUGAAAAUAAAAGUGAAAAAUAAAUAUAGCUUAAAAAAACUAAAAAAACACACUUUUAAAGCACUUUGAACUAAAAAGUUAAAAAUAAUUAACACGCUUAGUAGGGUAAUAUUGGAAAUUCGAGACCCCCCCACCUCACCCAUUAAACUGAUGAGUUGUCGUUGUCGGGGGAGGGGCGUGUCAUACAGAGGACGUGGUUACUCGAUGGUGGGGGUAAUGACCGUGAUCAAGGUCAUACAAUGGGCGUGGUUUCUCGAUGCUGGGAGUAAGGAGAAGGCGUGGUCUUAUCAAUGAUAGGGUAGGGAUAGGCGUGGUCAUAUGAGGGUAGGGGUAAGGAGAAGGCGAGGUCUUAUCAAUGAUGAGGUAAGGAGAGGCAUGGUCUUAUCAUAGAUGUCGUAAGGAGAUGGCGUGGCUUUAUGUUGGAGGGGGUAUUAGGUGAUUUAGGUGGGGGUGUUUAAAAAUUUAAAAAUUUUAUCAUCGGUUAUCAGACGCAUAGCUAAGCAUAUUUCCAACAACAAAGGUAUUACUAUAUUAAAACGUUCAUUGGUGUCAGGAUUUUAUGAGAAUAAUUGCCGUUUGCAUUUUAUCAAAGCUAUCAUUUUCUAUGUAUUUUAUCAUUGGUUACCAGACGUUUAGGUAAUCAUAUUUCACACAUCAAAUGUAUUACUAUAUUAUAACGCUCAUAGGCGUCAGCAUUUUAUGAAAUAAUGACAACGUCUGUCGUUAUGACAUUAUAAUUUCUAAGAAUGUUAUCAUCGGUUACCAAACGCUUAGGUCAGCACAUUUCAAACAUCAAAGAUGUUACAAUAUAUUAAUGGUCACUGUCGUAUGCAUUUUAUGAGAAAAAUAGCAAUGUUGUCUUUUUACGCCUAUGCGUUUUAUGAGAAAAAUUGCUAUCAUCGUUUACCAGACGCUUAGGUUAGCAUAUUUCAUACAUCAAAGAGAUCACUGUACGGUAAUGUCGUAUGAAUCUUAUCAUCGGAUGCCAGACGCUUAGGUCAGCAUAUUUCCAAAGAUGUUAUAAUAUAUUAAUGGUCACUGUCGUAUGCAUUUUAUGAGAAAAAUGGCAACGUUGUCUUUUUUCACGCCUACGCAUUUUGUUAUUUUAUUAUAUAACCGGUUAAACGCUCUGUAUCCUGUCACAUACGUGUUUAAUUGAUGUUAACACACAGUUGAUUAUUUGAAAACAAUAAUUUAUUAUUUUAAUAUUUUACACGCGCAAAUAAAAAAUCAUGAACCAAGAAACGUCUUCUGUAACAGCUACUUCCGCCACAUUUGUUUCGUCACAUCAGGCGGCUAAGCGUAGUAGGGCCAACAACAGCGCGGUUAGGUCGAAACGGUUACGAAUGCAAUUGACAGAUACCAGUGAUUUCACCGAGAUUGAUUCCGCAUGGAGUGGGGAGCCGUUUUGUUUUACCGGAAGAACGUGGAAAAUUUCGCGAGCUAUCGAGAUUUUCUGCGCGUCGUUAAACCCGAGCUGGUGGCCAGACUCGCUGACAUUGUAGGUAAUCGUCCGAUCAAGUAUAAUCUCAAAUUGGAGGCCUCAUACCAUAUACCGCGAUCAGAAGCACCGUCCGAAGACCGUGCCUUCAAGACACGGGCUAGGGCAUUGAUACGGAUAUCGGGUGUGCGGUCGAUGAAGAUUUUGAAGUUAUGUUUGCCGAGGAAAACGCGUACUCGGUUAGGGGUAGCGGAUUCACGCUAAUGCAUAUCGACGGCCUUAUGCUCAGCGUAUACAAGUAUACGCCUCUCGUCGGCUCAUCAUAUAUUCCUGUCCCACCAGAGAUUAAUCAAAGAAAAGCAAUCAUCAACCCACAGAAUAUCAAUCAGUCUUGUUUCAAGUGGUCCAUUUUGGCAAGACAUGUUAGCGGGAGUAAUAAAUAUCGCGUUAAUGAAAAAUAUUUUAACGAGGAACACAGGUAUGAUUUCACGGGGUUGACGUUCCCCACACCUGUGUCCCAAAUUUAAAUAUUUGAGCGACGAAACCCUAACGUGUCUGUCAACGUGUACGGCUUGGAACGAGAUGACGUUAAGAUGAAGUGGUUGGUGUAUCCUCUAAGAGUCGCCGACUUAGAGCAACAGAAUCAUUUUGACCUGUUGUACAUCGGUGACUCUGACAAGUAUAAUUUCGCGUACAUUUCCGAUUUUUCGAGGCUCGUGCGCAGCCAAAACACUCAACAUCAUGGCCACAUAUACACUUAUAAACGUUGUUUCACCAGUUUUGAUGAUAUGCCUAAAAACCAUAUUCUUCGGGAUCAACAAGCGUUGGAGCAACACAAGUUGAUAUGCGACAAAAAUAAACCAAUUUUACCUGUUAUGCCGGCAGAGGGUAGUAAGGUCACUUUUAACGCGUGGGUAAAGACGCAACGGUUAACAGACGAUCGUAUGGGUGCCUAUACUAGGACUGUGCACACCCACCAUCCCAUGAGCUACGGGUUCAUGGUGAAAACAUCGGACGAUGUGCCCUCCGAGCUCCUCGAACGCUAUGGUAUACCACAAUUACCGGUGAUAUACCGUGGGUCCGAGGAUCGCGAAGAGGUCGCCAAGGCAUUUGUGAUGGCUGUAACUGAAGUGACGCGCAACAUUUCUAAAUUUUUGCGCAAAACCAUCGUUCCUAUCCGAAUGUCUGUCGAUGAUGUGCGCAGGCACGGGGAGAAAGUGGUAUGCGACUUGUGCCGCACGGAAUUCAAGGAUUCAUACCCCAAAAUCGCAGACCAUUGCCAUUUAUCGGGCCGAAUCAGACAGACGUUGUGCUAUGCAUGUAACCUGAAAGUGAAGACGGUCAACUUUGUGUCGUGCUUCUUGCACAAUCUUUCAGGUUACGGCGCGCAUUUCAUAGUCACUGAAUUGAGGUACGACGAUCAAAGGAUUUCGGUCAUACCGAAUUCCGAGGAGAAGUAUAUUUCGGUCACAAAACACGUGACCAAUAACUUCUCCAUACGGUUUGUCGAUACCUUCCGGUUCAUGGCCCUAUCCACCUUGGCCGGUAACCUAAUGACGCCCGACUUCGUUAAAUUCCGGGAUACGGCAAAGGUGUUCCGCCCGGAAGACAUGCCGUUGGUGACGCGUAAGGUCGUAUACCUGUACAGUAAUACUAGUACACUGAUAGUUGGUUUAAAUUGGACGAAACGGAACUACCACCUCAGAACGCUUUCUAUAGUCAGUUGAGUGAGUCUAAUAUCGAUGACGACGACUAUAGACAUGCCACAGAGGUGUGGAACCGUUUCGGCUGCUCAACUCUCGGUGAGUACAGCGACCUAUAUCUUAAGAUCGACGUGUUGUUGUUGGCUGACGUGUUUGAUACCUUCGCGACAUCUGUACUUCAACAUACAAUUUGGAUCCGGCGAAUUAUUACACUGCACCCGGUUUUAGCUUCGAUUGUAUGUUGAAAUACACCAGGAUGAAUUGGAGCUCUUGAACGACUACGAUAUGCUACUGAUGGUGGAACAGGGCAUUCGUGGUGGGCUAGUGCAGGCCGUCAAGCACUAUCCAAAGGCCAACAAUCCUAAGACACUCGAUUACGAUCCGUCAAAACCAGACUCAUGGAUCGUGUAUCAAGACUGCAAUCGCACACGGACUGCAAGUCGAUAAAGUGCACCGCGUUUUAGAGUUUCAACAAAGUGCUUGGUUGAAACCAUACAUUGAGUUGAACACUGAAAUGCGGAAAAAGGCGGCAAAUGCUUUUGAAAUAGCAUUUUUCAAACUAAUGAAUAAUGCCGUCUUUGGGAAAACAAUGGAGAACAUGCGGAAACGCAUCCGAAUUUAGCUAAUCUCCAGUCCCGAACGUCUAAGCAAGCUCGUAAACCAACCAACCUUCAGCGACUGUAUCAAAUACGGUGAAAGGUUGUACGCUGUCAUAAUGGACACAAAGAUGGUCAAGUUUAUCAAACCAAUAUACGUCGGUUUAGCAGUGCUUGACAUUAGCAAGACGCUAAUGUACAAGUACUUCUACGACGUAUUGAAACCACAUUAUGGCAACGCAAUCGAAUUGGUUUACAUGGAUACUGACUCCUUCAUAUACCUGCUCAGAGUAGGCGACUUCUACUAGGAUUUAGCUGAUAGCCCCGAUUUAUUGGUGCACGUGGACGCAUCUAACCAAUUCGAUGAUAAGCGCUACACGCUCGACAACAGAAUCGACACGUUGGCCCAUGGGAAUGAUGCUAUACCACCACCGGAAGACCUAUAGUUUUAAGUUAUUAUCUUUGUAAGAAAAAUAUUGUCAAGAAUUGAAAAUAUUUUUUGUAAAUAUACAUGUAUAUAAGUAGUUUUAAAACAUUGUUUUUUAAUGUAAUAUAAUGUAAUAAGAAAUUGUAUUUUUUCUAAAAAAUAUAUGCAUAUACGUGUACACAUC